AGCUGCAGCCCGCGCCUCCCCGCCGCCGGCCCGGCUCUAACGUCGCGCCGCCGUUUUUAACUCCGUAGCGGCGCGGGGGGGCGCCGAGAAACUCGCAGCUCUCGGGACCCGCGGCAGUGCUCCGUGCGGGGCUCCCCGCCGCCAACGGGCAGGUGCCGCCGUGGGCGGCCGGGCGGGCGCGCGCGGCCCCGGGUCGUUCAUCGCGGCGCUCCCCUCUCCUCGUUUUAAGUCCCACUCCCCACCACGUUCCUUCUGGAAGCCGGCCCGGCUGGAGGAGGCGAGGAGCUGCCUGUCUCCACCCGCUCCGAGCUGCCGGCCCGAGGGGGAAACCGAGGCACGGCCGAGUAGGAGCUGGAGGGGCGUGAGGGGAAAGUGCCCCCGUGUGUGCUCCUGGAACUGGGCUUUAUCCUCCCUUAACCUUGGACAGCUUUUGUGAGAUUUCUAGCAGUGUCUGUAGGAACUUGUUGAUUUUAAGUUUCUGUGGGGCAAUAUGAGGUGUGCUGCUUGCCCUCUCUGCCCUCCCCCCCCCCCCCCCCACUCAAAUGGUGCUGAGAGGCAGAUGCCCCUUGUGCUCUCAGGGACUCCGCUCCAGGGGAAACAUGGGUGAAUCUCGUUCUACUUAGCAACAGCAGAACCCUAAAAGACAGCCAGUUAAAGAGGUGGAACUGAGCUGUGCUGUACUUCAUGGAUUUAUGACACCCUCACCUGUGUUUUUGUGAGGAAAACCCAUAUUCUUCCUCUUCCUUCACAGGACUGCGUCCUCCAUGUUUAACCCCUGAUGCUGCGUGAGGGCAACGGGAGCAUCACCUGGCAAGUGAUUGCUGUCCCACGCACACAAGCUAUGUAGUCCCACAGCUGCAGCGUGAAGCUGUCAGGUCUGGAUUUUCUCCCAGGUGCCUGAGAAGUAGCACCCAGGAAAGCUGUGGUUUGGGAAGAUGAGGAACUGGCCUGACAGUCGUGGCCUGCCCUGCACAGCACUGUGUCCACUGAGACCUGGGAGUCCCCAGACUUUAAAACAAACAAAACCCCUUCCUCACGCAAACUGUGGUGUGGCAGCAGCACAUGGUGCUGCUGGGCUGCUGCCACGUUCAGGGGCAGCUUCUCAGCAGGAGCUUAAGUGAUUUCACUAGAGAAAGGCGAGCACUUGGGAUUCUCCUUUGUUAGGACUACAGAAAAAAAACCACGCCUGUAAGCCGUGCUGCUUAGUUGGCAUCACUAUCACCUUGCCUUUAACAAAGUAACAAACUUUUGGCUUCUAGUGGAAUUUUAAAAAUCACUGAACACCUCUUAUAUUUCAACUUUUCCACAUGUGAUAUCAAUAGGUGUAAAGAUCAGAACUUAGAGGUUAAUUAAAGAUGCAAUGAUCAUAUAAGGGGAAUAUCUAGACACGGUCUGUUAAAUGUUUUCUGUUGGGACGAUGGUUACCAAUGUUAAUAUGGAAGUGGAAACCAAGAACAAUUAAUCUUUCCUGCAACUGAGCAGCUCUGUUCCAGCUGUGGAGAGCCAGCUAUUGCAAGGUAAGGUGUGUAGCAAGUCUUGGUGUAGGGAGACAAGGGCCCUGUCUGUCAUGAUUUGUGUUUAUUACCCUAGCUGCAGGCUCAGGUGAAUUGUACUGGUAUAAAUCCUACUAUGUUUCUCUUUUGCUUGCAUACUAUGAAAUUCGACAGCAUUACAAUUACAUCAGAAACCGUUGUCUAUUUCUAAAUUCCCAGCACAGUUUAGUGGUACUGUAUUUUUCUACCCAUAGACUCUGAACUGACUCCAGAAGCUUGUAUUCCAUUCUCUCCUCUGUACUUCCCAUGCAGCUUGCAUCACUGUAUGAUCCAAGAGCCUUCCAGAAAUACAUUACGUAAUGUGGCUGUCACUUCUGUCACACGUGGUUUGUUUUCUCUUCUUUCCUGAAGUAUUGGGUAGGUCAGGUAUUUUUUUUGUUGUUUCUAUACUGAAAUAAAUAGAUGCAAGAACCUUUCAUUCGUGAUAUGACGUAAUAAAAUCUCCAGACGUUUUCCUUCAUGUACUGAAUCUAAUCUCUAGGAAGGCUGUGUACUUGCAUGGUCAGAUGUAAAUAAAUUAAAUUACUUCCUAAAACAACAUUGCCAGGAUUUUCAGGAAAGAUUUCACUUAGGCUUUUUUAUCACAUAUUUAAGCAGUCAGAAAGAAGUUAUCGUGUUGUCAGUGUUUGAAAGAAAACCAAUAGCAGACUGCCCGCCUUUUUUGCUAAAUGCAAUAUUUUUUCAAGACCAUAUAGAUUAAAACUGUGCUGGUGAGUAUUUCUUUUGCAUUGCAUUCUGAUUCCCUUGUUUGAUUUAAUUUUGAGAAUAUUUAACACUUGAAAUCAUUGUGACCUGCACUGUGGUAGUAUUUUUCUCUGAAAAUAACAUGUUGCUGUGUUAGUGCUUGAAUGCUGUAAUCUCAUCAGAACGCAUGCACAAUGCGUCUGAAUCAUGCUGGAGUGGCAUCAAUGAAGUGCCUUUUUCUAGCUCAGUGAGAAACUUCUGCAGCUUGGAAUGUGAUAAAGGUACGGACAGUACUUAGUAAAACCAACUCAACUUCCACAAAUUACUGUUCUGUGGGACAUACUUUAAUGUAGGGAGCUGUACUGGGACUGUUUGAAUACCGUGGGCCAAACUGGCCUAGGUUAGAUCAAACUGCAGAUUUGGCAGGAUAGUUUAGGGUCUGUUUGUACUCACUGCUUAAACAGCUGAAUUUUGUAGGAUGUUUGUAGUCUACUCCAUGCCUCAAAAGCAGCAUGAAAUAAAGCAUAAAAAUGUUUUGACUCUAACUUUAAGAAGUGGACAAUACAAAGGAGGAGCCAACUGGAAAGGAAAUGGGAGAUAAUGAACAGGGAGUGACUUUCUGUAAAGGCUCUUGGAAAUGUAGAUGAGUAAAUAAUGUUUGGUGCAAUACAGAGAAUAAGGAACUAUCAGAAUGCUUCCAACAGAGAAGUGAUGUGGUCAGAGUAAUUAUCUACAUAAAUAAUCUUAGGCUGUGGUUUCAAGGUUACUAAUUCUGGGCCUGUGUACAUCCAGAUCUCCCAGCAUUGCUAAAAUAGUCCAGACCAGGUAUGACCAUGCUGUCACAUUGUUCUCACAUCAGUUUGUGCCCAUUCUACAGAGUUUUUCUUCUGCCUCUGCAGGGACUGACAGUACCUGAUGUUGUUUGAAUGUCUGAUGGUACAAAAUUAUCCCAUCAACAUUUCUACUGAUGAAAUUUAAAUUGGCAGAAUGAGUUAAAAUUACAUUAGUGGUUUCCAUUUGAUGGGUGUGGUAUAUUUGAUCGUUAAUGGGAGGACUAUAGUCAGCUUUACUGUAUUGUCAAAUCAUGGCAUUUACAGCUGUUAAAGGCUGUUGUGUUAUGAGCUGUGUUGGUUAAUGCUGGAGGGAAAGGUGUUUGGAGCAAUUCAGUUAUGGAAGAAAAAGACCCAAACAAAAGUCUUUGUUGUGUGGAUGGAUCAAAGGACGUUGUCUUACAGGUACCUUGUAGUACAAGUCUAAAUUUAGGCUAGGAUCUAAAGAGGUCUCAGGUAGAGCUAAAAGUUGACAUGAAGCUUGAAAUGGAUGGUAGACUGGUGGUGUUACCACAGAUAUGCACAAAGAAAAGGACAUUUAGGGAAGAGAAAGAACCAGGUUCUAGCUUUGCUGAGCUAUAGCUUCCUGCUAGUCAUCCAGAGAGAGAGAAAAUGGCUAUGAUUUAAGUUUGGAUAAAUAACUCCGGGGAAAGGAGCAGAUCUGUAAAUCAUCUGCAAAGAGUUGGUACUUGUAUUUCAGAUGAGAUAACUCUGAAAAAACGUGGGAGGAUAAAAGCAGAAGACCAAGGAUACAGCUCUGUGACGCAGCAUGAGGAGAAUCUGUCUAAGAACACUUGGAAGGAAGGCUAAAUAGGCCAUGAUAAAACCCGACCGCGCCGCUUCGAGAGGGUGAAGCGCGGGGUUGCAAAAUGCCCAGGCAGGCGGCCGUGCCCGUGGCUCUGGCGGCCCUGCUGGGCAUCGCCGCGGGGGGGCUCGUUCUGUGGAAGGCCGCCCAGCGCCGGAGGGGCAGAGCGCGCAGCGGGAGCCUGCGGGAGGAGGCGGCGGGGGAGCGGCCGGAGGGGAAAGCGAGCGAGGCGGGGGGCAGGGAAGCGCUUCCCCUCUUCGCACCCCCCACCCUUUCCUGGGUGGAGAGGAGCCUCGGCGCAGACAUAGUGGUCGUGUCGGAGCGGCAGGAGUGGGACCGGGUGCAGCCUUUGCUGAAGAAGGAGCUGGAGAAGUGGCCCGUGCUUGGAAUGGACUGCGAGUGGGUAUCUGUGGAGGGAAAAGCAAAUCCCGUAUCCCUCCUACAGAUGGCUUCUGCCAGUGGCCUUUGCGUUCUCGUUCGGUUGCCCAGGCUUGUUGCCAGCGGACAGCCCGUCCCAAAGACCCUGCUGGACAUCAUGGCAGAUGAUGCUGUGUUGAAAGUAGGAGUAGGAUGCUGGGAAGACGCUUGCAAGUUACUUCAGGAUUAUAGUCUUCCAGUCAAAGGGAGCGUGGAUCUCCGGUAUUUAGCCAUGAGGCAGCGGAAGGAUCUACUUCACAACUGCCUUAGCCUUAAGUCUUUAGCUGAAAAAGUCCUGAACUGCCCGCUUGACAAGUCUCCUCAUAUGCGUUGCAGCAACUGGGAGGCAGAAGAACUGACACAAGAUCAGGUUCUCUAUGCUGCUAGGGAUGCCCAGGUCUCAGUAGCUCUGUUCCUCCAUUUGCUGGGAUUUGCCUGUCUCCCUGCUACAUCUAAAGGUGAAAACUCUGUUUCUGGUUGGGAAAAAGUAUUGAGUAAAUGCCAAGGCCUGGUGGAUAUCCCAUUUAAAGGAAGAAAAAGUGGCAGCACGGGAGAGGACAGGAGUGGAGAGGCACGUUCUCCUCACAAAGGAAAGAAUCGGAGAUCUGUGGUGAAUGUUCAUUCCUCUGGCAGUCAGCAAGUGAGAGAUCCUCGGAGGCAGAAACGAAAGCCUCUGGGUGUGGGAUAUUCUGCAAGAAAAUCUCCACUGUAUGACAACUGCUUCCUGCAUGCCCCAGAUGGACAGCCCUUGUGCACUUGUGAUCGCAAGAAAGCUCAGUGGUAUCUGGACAAGGGGAUUGGAGAUCUAGUUAGCACAGACCCAUUUGUUGUGAAGCUGCGGUUUGAGCCUUCAGGACGUCCUGAGUCUGACGUUGAUUAUUAUCUGAUGGUUAAAGAAAAUCUGUGUGUUGUAUGUGGCAAACGGGAGUCCUAUAUCCGGAAGAACAUUGUUCCUCAUGAGUACCGAAGGCACUUCCCCAUUCAGAUGAAGGACCACAACUCCCAUGACGUGCUCCUACUCUGCACCUCCUGCCACGCCAUCUCCAAUUACUAUGACAACCAUCUCAAGCAGCAGCUGGCUGAGGAGUUUGGUGCUCCUAUUGGCUCUGAGGAAGGAGUGCGGCUGCUGGAGGACCCUCUGCGCCGGCAGGUGCGCUCCGGGGCCCGAGCUCUGCUGAAUGCAGACAGCCUGCCAGACCCUCGAAAGGCAGAACUCCUGCAAGGCAUCAAGGACUUCUUUAACGUAGAAGCUGUGACCCCAGAGAUGCUGCAGGAAGCAGCUGGUCUGGAAACCAGGAUCUGCAAUGAGAGCUACAUGCCACAUGGACUGAAGGUGGUACAGUGUUGUGCUAAAGGAGGCCUGCGCUCCCUUAUGCAGCUGGAGAGACGCUGGCGGCAGCAUUUCUUGGACAGCAUGCAGCCCAAACACCUCCCAGAGCAGUGGUCAGUGGACCACAACCACACAAAGCUGAUCCGAAAGUAUGGAGAGGAUCUUCAGAUCCAGCUGUCGUGAAACUAACUUCCUGGACUUAGGACAGAGACUAAUGGACGUAUGUAACUGAAAGUGGAAAGACUAUUUUUAUUUCUGUUUCUCCACUAACAUCAGAGCCUGGCUUUGGUGAGCAGGCAGCAGUGGAUCUGCCAGAGCUGGCAUUUUACAAAGAGUUAAUCUGCUGACUUGAAUUUUAUCAGGUGGUUUGGAAUUUUUAAUCCUAGACUGUCACUGGAUAGUUCAGUGCAGGAAUGAUAUGCUAAGGGAAUUUUUCUGCUCUAAUUGAUUAUUGGGAGUUAUUUUCUAUCCCUGGGAUGUCUGGUGCCUUCACACCCUCUCUUUUAACAUAGAGCACAAUAUGUGAACAUGUCCAGGAUUUCCAGAUGUGCACCUUGGCUGCACCACCAGCAUCUCCCGAUAACAAAUCUUCCUUUGCUUUCAGUGCAGUUGUACUCACAUGAGUUCUUCCUGGAGAAGAUGCCCUACUAGAGAGAGAUUCCUUGUUUGGAAGUAGCAAAGAAUCCUUACUAUUCUUGUUUGUUUGUUUCAGAUUCUGCAGAGUUUCAGCAGCCUUGCAAUAGGCCUCAUUGAGUUUCUUAUUGCCUGAGGAGAAGCGAUACUAUUUGAUGCUGGCAGUGUGGAAGCAUCUAAGUCGUGUCUUUUAAAACAGCUUCCAGCGGCACAGAGUCUGUAAAAAGUGUUUUUUCCCCAGUUUUGCUUGUUCAUUGUGAGUAGCUCUUGGCAGGUACCGUUUCACAUUAGAGUGAAACUCAACGGAGUGUCUUAAAAGGAAUAAGAAACAAACUUUAAAAGACCAGCAUUUUUUUUUUUAAGAAGUCAGAUGACAUGGCAGGAAACUAGAAAAUCAGACGUUUUCUUCUUGGAUUUGAUUCGUGGUGAUGAUCAAAUCGUACUCUCCAUGCCUGUUUCCCUGUCUCUAAAAUGAGACUAAUAGAACUUACCUAUCUCACAAGGGUGUUGUGAGGAUUGAUUAAUCGAGGUUUUUUGUAAAAUUCUUUGAAAACUUAAGGCAGUGUGUGCUAAUUAUUAUUGUUGUAAUUAAAAAUGUGCUACUGUCUUGACUUUCUUAAAUAUUUGUGGUUUUUUGCCUGGGGUUAGACCUUAGUUAAAAUACGACGUUAUGAAAAUAAAUACCCCUUUCUUUGAA